AAAAAAAAAACACUCUACACUUCACAGAGGAAACUUGCUGUAAUGGAACAUAUGGAAUAGUUGCAACUAUAAUUGUUUGCUUCAGUUGAAAAAUAAACAAAAUUUGAGGAAAAACAUGAAAAAACGCCUACUAUCACAUAACAAAUAUAUUGUUUUGCGUCCAAAACUGAUAAAUAAAACAGAAUAAACUGCACCAAACUCACAUUUCUUGUUGAAAUAAUGCAAAACAAGACCUUUAUCAACAAAUGAUAUGAUUUGUAUACGAUAAAGACUGAGUCCAUGCACAUGUUUGCAGUAUGCGUCACUAUUAGCGCUGGUCAUUCAGACAGACUCUGCGGGUCAUUAUCAUUACACAAACAUUGUGAAACGCUCUUCUCGUGCACGCAGAAUGGAAGGCCAUUUCCGUACAGUGGGGCUCUCUUUGAAAUUCCACCCCUCCGCCUUUGUUGUGCACAGCGAGGGGCGGGAAGACAAACAGGUCCACAUGUAUAAAGAGAUCAUCCCGGGACAGAGAGAGGACAGGAGUCUCCUUCCACUGAGCACCGCGCUGGGAAACGCAAGGACAACUGGGAUUCAACGGGACUUUGGACUUUGUCACUCUGUCAGUUUCUUGUUGUCAGUAAAGGAUUCUUGUUUUUUUAUCAUCUGAGGGGAGAAUCAUGCAUUUGUUGCCGUCAGCGCGCCGCUUCUUGGCUCUGUACCUCACGCUGUUUGGAUACUUUGGAGACGUUUACGCGGGGACAGUGCUGAUGAACUCCAACGCCAUCAAAAACCUCCCCGGAGCUCCAGCCGGCAAAGGCACCAACACUGUCAGCCCGAGUCCGCGCACCUCACCCUCCUCCGUUGCCGCGGGACACAAACCUCCCGCAGACACUUUGCAGCAGCCGGGUGUGUGCACUGAUGACGAAGACUGCGGAGGUGAUGAAUUCUGCAAUGACGCCCGCGGCGCCUGUCUGCCGUGCCGUAAGAGCCGGAAGCGUUGCGCACGGGACUCCAUGUGUUGCGCAGGAAACCGCUGCAGCAAUGGUGUUUGUCAGGCAAAUGAUGUCGACUUCACAGAUGCAUCUGUUAUCACUGAGUGGCACAAACACAACAACACCAUGGAGCAUCAAGCAAAGAAGCCCCCCACUGCACACGGCCAUCAGCCUCAUGCUGUGAAAGGUCAGGAGGGUGACAAUUGCCUGCGAUCCUCCGACUGCUCCGAGGGCCUGUGCUGUGCCAGACACUUCUGGUCUCGCAUCUGUAAGCCCGUGCUGACGGAGGGCCAGGUGUGCACGCGCCACCGCAGGAAAGGCAACCACGGCCUGGAGCUGUUCCAGCGCUGCGACUGCGGCGAAGGCUUGGCCUGCAGACAAGAGAGAGGAGGAGAGCGAGAGCACAGUGUCAGCAGGACUGCAGCCCGGAACCUACACACCUGUCAGAGACGCUGACACAGAAGCACACACACACAUCCUGGGUCAAACACUUUGCACACACACCAAAGAUGCUGACACACACACACACACACACACUCAGACACCCAACACCUAAGACAUUCUUUCCUGCCAAAGUUGCUAACUCAAAUACAGCACCAGCGGAAGGAGAGACAUGAUUCCUGGAAAAGUGAUACACCCAGAGGGACGCAACAGUGCGAACGUGGACUGAUCCGAUUCCCCCGACUGCACGAGACGAGGGGUCGGAAGUUAGGAAGUGACAUUUCAGAAGUCUUUGGAAUAUUGAUUCAUGUCAUUGUUAAUGGCAGAGCAGUUUUGUUUCUCUUUUUAUGGAACUUCGAGCCUCAGUUAUUGCAGUAAAUUACUGUAUUGUGUAAAUAUUAUCCUGGAGGUGGCACUUAAGUGAGCUAUUGGAUUCUGUCAACACCAGUAUUAUAAAGACGUGGUGCUGCAUGCAUUGUAAAUGUGUUAUAUAUAUUGUUUUAUAAGAAAAUGUUAUAUAUAAAGAAAAUUGGAUUAUAUUUGUUUUAUUAAACCUCAUGUGAUAACCUUA